UCUAAACUUUACCUUGAUAUUUUUUCAAAACAUGAAAUCGCUCAAGCUUUUCUUUAUGUUGACUAUGGUAAUGGCCUUAGCCAUUACUCUUUCCGCCAGUACAACAUCAGAAGAAGAACCAUUCCGCAACAAUGAUAAGAAUCCAAGUGAAGCUUCUGAUCUUCAUAUGGCGGAUACGCAAGAGCCAAGCUCCUUCCGAGGAGCAGGUCGAUUUCUUGCCCAGAGUUCUCGUGCUGCAAAGACAUGUGACAAAAACCCUAAGAUUUGUCGCAUUAAUGGCAGCCCAGGGCAGUUUUGCUGCAACAAAAAAUGUGUAGAUAUCAAGACGGACAAAUUCAACUGCGGAAAGUGUGGCAAGAAGUGUAACUAUUCCAAGAUUUGCUGUGAAGGGAAGUGUGUGAACCCAUUGUCCAACCAGAGGCACUGUGGAGGAUGCAACAAUAACUGUGGUAAAGGAAACGCUUGUCUAUAUGGGAUGUGCAGUUAUGCAUAA